AUGAAGACCUCCAUUAUCGCUACCUCCUUUCUCGCUGCAGUUGCCAUCGCUGCUCCGGCAGAAACCUGUAUCACUUCCGCUUCUCCGCAGAACCUCAAUGACCCUCUAUUGAGCUCCAUUGAAGCUGUCAAGCCUCCUCUCUCCAAACUGAUUAGUCUUGUUGGUGCCUUUCAAUCCCAAGAUGGACUAUUUGGAGCAUUGGACAUUCAGAUGAGUUACUACCCUCUCUACUCUUCAGUGAUGAGCUUGGGCUCAGCUGCCAAAUACCAUGCUGCAAUUUCACCCAACAAUGUCGUCACCUAUUUGAAUGCCCUGAAUACUCUUGUUGCAGGCAUCAGUACUCUGUUGAACAACUUGAACGAGAAAGCCAACCUUUUCCAAGGAGUUGGUGUGGGCUCCAUCGUUGUUGGCGACAUCACUUCACUAGCAGGUCCUGCCUCUGCUAUUGAAUCGAAUCUUUUCACCGCUAUUCCAGCAAAUGCACCAUGCGAUCAGGUAGCUGUAGCAGCUUCCGUUGCUAGCCAGUUUUCCUCUGCCUUUGCAGGAGCUUCCAAGGUUUACAAGAUCAGCAAUGGAAUUCCUAGCUUCCCGGUUGCCCCUACUAAUUGUGCUGCUUACUGCUAA